AUGUGUACUUGGGAGUCGAGGUACAAUUUGGUCAUUGGGACCACAUUUGAAAGGAAGGCAUCCACCAGACUGUCUAGCUGGCUAAAGAGCGUUCGAGAUAGUGGUGAACGCUUAGAAGGUAUUGGAUCGUCACGUCAAGCCGAGGCACUUGAUGGUGUUCAGAUUGCUGCUAUGUCGGAUCAAAUAGCUAAACUUACAGCGGCACUAGCAGAGUCGGAGCGAAGAAAAGUAGCUGAACAAGAAAGCAUGAAUCUAGGAUUCAACAACAUCAAGGAUACACUUCCAUUUUUCAAAGGAAGUAGUGACCCAAAUGAAUACCUUGAUUGGAUAGUGAAGCUUGAAAGACAAUAUAAUCUCAACAAUGUGAGCGAUGUUAAAAAAAGGAAUUAUGCUAUAAGUCACCUUGAGGGUUUUGCUUCUACAUGCUGGGAGAAAAUUGAAAGGGAUGCUUUGGUGAAUAGAAAUUUUGUUACAAAUUGGAAUGACAUGAGAAGAAGAAUGAGAGAAAGAUUCGUGGGUCAAAAUUAUGAACAAGAUACACUCAAAAAAUAUUACAAUCUUCAACAAGGAAGCAAGAGUAUGGAAGGGUAUUAUGAGGAGCUAGAGCAUACUAGGCUUCGAGCUAAUGUCAAUGAUGGAGAGAUGAAUCUUGUGGCAAGAUUUAUCUCGGGCUUAAAUAAAGAUGUAAGGCAACCAUUGGAUUUGCAUCGUCUUCCUACUUUAUAUGAAGCUUAUCAAAUGGCACUCAAGGUGGAGGGACAUCAAAAGGAAAACAAACCAAGAGUGCAAUCUUCUUCUUCAUGGGCAAAAAAUAAAGAAGUUUGGAAAUCAUCUCCUACUUGGGACAACUCCAAAGGUGUAAAGCAGGACUUCAAGUCCAAUUUUGACAAAGCCAAACCAAAGAUGGACUACAAGGAUUUAGGUAACAAAUCUAAACUUGAAACUCCAUCUAAAAUAAAGUGUUUUAAAUGUCAAGGAUAUGGACAUAAAUCAAAUGAAUUCCCUAAUAGAAGAACUAUCAUUGCAUUGAAUGAUGGUGGUUAUCAAACGGAAGAUGAAUCUAAGGAUGACCAUAGAGAGGAUGAUAGUAGUGAUGAAUUUAUGCGAGAAGGGGAUGGAGAAGAAAUUAAUGAUGAUGGAAAACGUGUUCUUGUUGUAAGGAGGAGUAUGAGUACUCUAGUGAGGGAAGAUCUUGAUCAAAGGAAAAAUUUGUUUCAUAAUUGGUGUAGGGUUCAAGAGCAAUUAUGUUUCUUUAUCAUUGAUAGUGGAAGUUGUGCAAAUGUUGCUAGUGUAUCUAUGGUGGAACAAUUGAAACUUCCAACAAGAAGUGAACUAACAUCUUUAUCUUUGCCAGGUGUUGUUUCUUCUUUGUUGCAAGGUUAUGAAGAUCUAUUUCCGGAAGAAAUGCCUAGUAGAAUGCCUCCUUUGAGGGGAAUAGAACAUCAAAUUGACUUUGUACCGGGUUCUCAACUAUCCAACAAAGCCGCUUAUAGGAGCAACAAUCAAGACACUAAAGAAUUGCAAAUACAAGUUGAGGAACUUUUGGAAAAAGGAUUGAUAAGAGAAAGUUUAAGUCCAUGUGCAGUGCCCAUGAUUCUAGUGUCCAAGAAGGAUGGUUCAUGGAGGAUGUGUGUAAAUUGUCGUGUCAUUAAUAGAAUUACGGUAAAAUAUCGACAUCAUAUUUCUAGACUUGAUGAUAUGGUAGAUGAAUUGUGUGGUUCUACCUUAUUCGCUAAAAUAGAUUUGCGAAGUGAAUACCAUCAAAUUCGAAUGAAAUUCGGAGAUGAAUGGAAAACCGCUUUCAAAACUAAAUUUGGAUUAUAUGAGUGGAUGGUAAUGCCUUUUGGGCUAACCAAUGCACCAAGAACUUUUAUGCGACUAAUGAAUCACGUACUUAAAUUGUUUAUUAAUGAUUUUGUUGUGGUUUAUUUUGGUGAUAUUUUGGUUUAUAGCAAGUGCUUGGAUGAUCAUGUGCAUUUGAGGUUGAUUUUUGAUGUGUUGAGAAAUGAAAAGUUGUAUGUGAAUUUUAAAAAGUGUUCUUUUUGUGUGGACCGUGUUGUUUUCCUUGGUUUUGUUGUAAGCUCAAGUGGAGUUGAGGUAGAUGAUGAGAAGGUAGAGGCUAUUAGGAGUUGGCCAACCCCCAAGUCCAUUAGUGAUGUUAGAAGCUUUCAUGGAUUGGCAAGUUUUUAUAGGAGGUUUGUGAGGAAUUUUAGUUCUCUAGCUGCUCCUCUAACCGAGGUCAUAAAAAAGGAAAAGCCUUUCAUUUGGGGUAUAAAACAAGAGGAAGCCUUUAAAAUCUUAAAGGAGAAACUUAGUUCCACUCCUUUACUUCAACUUCCCAAUUUUGAGAAGAUGUUUGAAAUUGAGUGUGAUGCUAGUGGAGUAGGCAUUGGUGUGGUCUUGAUGCAAGAAGGGAAACCCAUAGCUUACUUUAGUGAGAAGUUAAGAGGAGCUCCAUUGCAAUAUUCUACCUAUGAUAAGGAACUUUAUGCCAUAGUGAGAGCCUUAGCGAAUUGGCAACAAUAUUUGUGGCAUAAGGAGUUAGUGAUUAGAACCGAUUAUUAG